UUUGGAACCURCUGCCUCUCUCUUUUACACACACGCACGCACGCRCACACACCCAGGUCGGAUUAAAUUACGCCCUGCGCCUUUAAGAAGCAGUCAGAAGGAUUAGAAUUACUGUCGAGUCGCGCACCGCAGCGCUUUUGCCGCAGCGAGCAGCGCCGUUUGUCCGCUGGUUCUCCUGCGUGGGUCGGGUCCACUCCACGCUGCGACAUGGCCGAGCUGGGGAAGGGCGUGACGGCCGGGAAGCUGGCCCUGAACGUCCAGAAGAGGCUGAACCGGGCCCAAGAGAAGCCACAGAACCAAACCCUGACCUGUGUGUGUUUCAGUCGUGUUGGCGCCUAUGUUGGCACAUUCCAGAGCCUGGCAGGACAUCAGGAGAAGUUCCACAGAGAGAUGAGCAAGCUGAGCCACAACCUGAACGACAUCAUGACCAAACUGGAGGAGCAGCGGCAGCUCAAAAAAGACGCGACUGCAGCCGCAAAGAAAGGCGGCGCAAAGAGUGAGGAAGCCAACCACAGCCAGGCCAGCAGCCCGGCUCCAAAGAAGCCUGGCCCGCCGCCCAGCCGGCCUCCUCCCAGACUCUCACUGUCUCCAGACCCAAAGCAGCAGAUCGCCGCCCUGCUGGAGGACGAGGCUGCAGCUCCAGACUCUGACUCAGACCCAACCAGCACAACGCAGCAGACGCCAUCUUGGGACUCGUGGCAAGACGAGCGCGGYGCCAAGCCGCUGUCCCAGCAGGAUGCAGAGCAGGAGGCCCAGAGCGSCUGGGACCACAGCAGCUACCAGAGCCACGGCCAGCCUGGCUGGGACAACACCGACCCAGCAGAAGGUCAGGACAGCGGCAGCGCGGAGUGGGGACAGGCAGCUCAGGCGUUCAGCGAGCCGGACUGGGACGAGGGCGGAGCCAGCGAGGGGCCGGGCGGCUGGGGCGAGGAGUACGAGGAGGACGAGGAGGAGAGCUCUGUGACCAACGGCGCCGAUGCUGACCUUCCUCCAGGGUUCCUCUACAAGGUGAAGGCAGUGCAUGAGUACACGGCAACGGACAACGAUGAGCUGGAGCUGAAGGUCGGAGACGCUGUCCUGGUUUUGGCUUUUGAUAACCCUGAGGAACAGGACGACGGCUGGCUGCUGGGCGUCAAGGAGUCUCACUGGUUCCUCAAGAAAGAUAUUUCAGCCAAAGGGGUUUUCCCUGAGAACUUCACCCAGAAGGUCUGAUGGUGGCGCUGCAGCUCAUCCCCAACCUGAAGCUCCUCUUCAUCCCUGAUGAUGGCGAUUAGCUCUGAAAGCUAACGUCAUGGCAAACAGCGAUGGAGACCAGUGCCUGUCCACACGUUUCUGCAACCAUCUAGUUCUUCUGCAAGUUUCAACGACUUUUUAGUAAAUAAAAAUAAACGGAUGUAAUAAAGAA